CUCAGCUGCUGCUCGUGGUGUUCCUGAGUCACGUGCAUUCUAAGCGAUCAACUGACUGCGGCGACCAAGAGCAGCACCCUACAAGACAAGCAGUAUGCUCAGGACGGCGCUUCGAACGUCGAGGCAGGUGCCUUUGCUUGCUCGUGGAGCGAGGCCCUUUACAAGCACCCUCCAGCAACACAGUGCAGCCUCAAAGCCCCUUCGGGCGGCAGAAAUCGAUUAUCAAAAGACAACACUCACUGAAGCACAGGAACCCCUACACGGCCCGCUCGGUCCUGAUGGAGAUCCCAAGAUGCGUUACUUUACGGUCAACUUUGGUCCGCAGCAUCCAGCUGCUCACGGCGUGUUGAGACUGAUUCUCGAGCUUGACGGCGAGGAAGUCAAGCGCGCCGACCCGCACAUUGGUCUACUUCACCGUGGCACGGAGAAGUUGAUUGAGUACAAGACAUACCUCCAGGCGCUACCUUACUUUGACCGUCUCGACUAUGUCAGUAUGAUGACGAAUGAGCAGUGCUUCUCCUUGGCUGUUGAGAAGCUCCUCAACGUCGAAGUCCCGGUGCGCGCCAAAUACAUCCGUACCAUGUUUGGCGAAAUCACGCGUGUCCUCAACCAUCUCAUGGCUGUCCUGACGCACGCCAUGGAUGUUGGUGCAUUGACACCUUUCCUUUGGGGUUUCGAAGAGCGCGAAAAGCUCAUGGAGUUUUACGAGCGUGUCUCCGGUGCUCGUCUUCACGCCGCAUACGUCCGCCCAGGUGGUGUCUCCCAGGACCUACCACUCGGUUUGAUGGAAGAUAUCUAUGCUUGGGCCACACAGUUUGGUGACCGUGUGGAUGAGUUCGAAGAGCUACUCACAGACAAUCGAAUUUGGAAGCUCCGUACACAGGGCGUGGGUAUCGUUUCUGCUGCGGACGCGCUGAACUUUUCCUUCUCCGGCGUCAUGUUGCGUGGUUCCGGUAUCCCCUGGGAUGUUCGCAAGGCACAGCCUUACGAUGCUUACGACAAGGUUGACUUUGACAUUCCCGUGGGCACCAAUGGAGACUGCUAUGAUCGCUACCUCUGCCGUAUUGAGGAAUUCAGGCAGUCACUACGCAUCAUUCAUCAAUGCUUGAAUCAAAUGCCUGCAGGUCCCGUCAAAGUGGAAGACUUCAAGAUUGCACCACCACCGCGUGCGCAAAUGAAGGAAUCUAUGGAAGCGCUGAUUCACCACUUCCAAUUGUACACCAAAGGUUAUGCUGUACCGGCUGGUGAGACGUAUAGUGCGAUUGAGGCGCCAAAGGGUGAGAUGGGUGUGUUUGUUGUUUCUGAUGGCAGUGAACGGCCGUACAGAUGUAAGAUUCGGGCGCCUGGCUUUGCGCAUUUGGCUGGUAUCGACAGGAUUGCACGAGGCUUGUACUUGCCAGACGUCGUGGCCGUUAUCGGAACCCUUGAUCUUGUGUUUGGAGAGCUUGACCGUUAGAGAACCUUUUUUAUGUCUACAUACAGAUCAUGCUAUGCAAUGGUUGAGCCAUCGUGGAAAUGCUGCUACCUCCCUGACAUUCGUGACGCCAAUCAAGUAUCCGACUAGCCUCUCAAAGCCGAUCCCAAAACCACCGUGAGGGACGGUGCCAUAUUUGCGAAGAUCUGCGUACCAUGCCAUCUCAUCGAUACUGAUACCUUGUUGCCGCAUACUUGAGAGCAAUGCGUGGUGAUUAUGUUCUCUCAUUGAACCACCGCACAACUCACCCAUGCCCGGAACGAGGAGGUCGAAGCAGACUGCCGAAUCUCCUUCUUUCUGCAUGUAGAACGGCUUCUGCUUCAUGGGAUAGUGGGU